AUUGGGGUUUAUAGAUUUGUUUUUAGAUUUGGAUAAAUUCGUUGCAAAAAUGCUAGAUAUUGUGAAUAGAUGCAUGCUUAUUAGAUUUGUUUUUAGUGCUCACAGAUUGGGGUUUUUAAUGCUACUCAGAUUCGUUGCCUUAGAUUGGGUCCCUAUUAGAUUUAUUUUUGAAUACUACUCAGAUUGGGGUUUUGAAUGUCAUAUGCCCAAAUGGAAUCCAUUGAUUAAGAAGUUAGUUAUGUUUAGAAUCACAAUCCUACCAUAUGAAUCACAAUAUAAAUUUGAAUGUCAUAACCAAAAGUAACCCUUGAUUCAUUAAUAUAUAAAUUUGUCCACAAUAUGUAGUUAUAUUAGCUCUGUUGUUCAAUUUGUGUGCACGACAAUGGAAAAUGCAAAACAAUGAUCAUAGUAUAUUGGGAGUAUAUUAGCCCUAUGAUCAAUGUGUCAUGUGUGCAUAUCUAAAUUUUCAAUUGGCUUCCGUAUUUACUAGUGAUGGAUGUAAUUGUAUGUUCAGGAGGAGGAUGGUUGGGGGGUAGAAAGAGGAAGCUGGCCCAGUACGACCCGUAUGAUCCAGAGGAAAGUGAUGAUGAAGAAUAUGAGUAUGAUUCUGGAGAAGAAGUGUACAAGGGCAACGUCGCAUCCUUCACAGCCAAGGAGGUGGUGAAGAUCAAGGCCAAGGGAGUUGCUUCCUUCUACAGCCGCAAGACCAAGAAGUGGCACUGCCCCUACUGCACCACCAAGCCAAAGCCAAGGGAUGGACGCUUCAAUCACCUUCUGUCUCAUGCGGAGGAUGUAGCGAUUCGCGGGAAGGACUACAUGAUCAGGGGGCAGCAUGCCGCCCUCGCGAAGGCCCUGACUCAGGCGUGAUGUGAUCAGUGAUGUGAUGCUGUGAACUGAAUCUUUAAGUUUAUCUGUUGGGUUACUUUUGGUUUGUUGAACUGAAUCUCGUUGGUUAUGGUUUGUUGAACCGAAUUUAGUUUUCAUGAAUUUGGUUAUGGUUGGCUAUAUUGAUGCUAGUAAUCUGGUUGCUAUCUAUAUU